AUGCUCCCCAGCGCCCUGGCGGCGCACGCCGGCGCGUACUGGGACGUGGUGGCCUCCUCCGCGCUCUUCAACUUCCCCGCAGCGCCCGGCUUUGGCAACCUGGGCAAGAGUUUCCUGAUUGAGAACUUGCUGCGGGCUGGGGGCGCCCCGCCGCCGGGGCUGCAGCCGCCCCCGCCCCACGGCCCGGCGGCCGCUCUAGCCACGGCCACGGCCACGGCCGGCGCGCAGGUCCGGCCCCUGCCCGCCAGCCCCGUGCCCCUGAAGCUGUGCCCGGCCGCCGAGCCGGUCAGCCCCGGCGGGGCGCCCUACGGCACGCGGUGGGCUUUCCAAGUGCUCAGCCCCUCGGCGGACGGCGCCAGGCUGCCGGGCCGGGCCCCGGGGGACAGAGACGGCACCUUCCACCCUUCGGCCCCAGCGCCUUCCAAGCCUUUUUUCCUGACUGCCCCGCCAUUCUACUCAGCCUGCUGCGGUGGGUCCUGUCGGCGCCCCGCAUCCCCCACUGUUUUUCCAAAUGAGGAGAGUGUGCUGCCUCUCCUGGCACAGGACUCUAACUCCAAAGCUCGGAGGGGCAUUUUAAGAAGAGCCGUCUUUUCUGAGGACCAGAGAAAGGCGCUGGAGAAAAUGUUUCAGAAGCAGAAAUAUAUCAGCAAAAUAGACCGGAAGAAACUUGCCAUCAACUUGGGACUAAAGGAAUCACAGGUGAAAAUUUGGUUUCAGAACAGAAGGAUGAAGUGGCGGAAUUCCAAAGAAAAGGAAGUGCUUUCCAACAGGUGUGCCCAAGAAGUAGGCCUUCAGGAGGACCCCCUCUCGCGCUCCGCUCUGGGCUUCCCUUCUCCGUGUCCUUCCCUCUGGGACAGCUCCCAACAGCACUCGAGUCCCAGGUGGAGGGAGAAUUUCCCAGAACCUCCAGAAAGACUAAUCCAGGAGAGUUCGGGGGCACAGCCCCCAGAAGCCAAUUCGCUGCGAGGUGCCUUAUAUUUGUGUCCUGAAGAAGAAGCUGGAGACAAGGGCAUACUUACCGUCUGAAUGGAAGCAUUCCUCCACGUUAAUUUAAAAGAACACUUAACUCAUAAUGUUUGGACUCUAAAGCCAACUAGCUUGUGCCUCAUCAGUGCCUAAAACCUAACACCGUUGGAGUGAUGCAGGAACUAACGCUUUAGGAAACUUUUUCCAGUGUUCUGUUAUUUGGGUCUUAAGACUCAGACUUAAUUUGUAAGUGGAAUAGAAUCUCCCAGAAAGUAUGAUGGAAGUGAAAAAUGAGAGUGGUAGUUGGCUCAGUCUAAAUAUGUGUAUAUAUAUGAUGUGUCUCUAUGUGUAUAUGUAUAUAAAUAGUCAUUAAAAUACAUUAGUAGAAACACCAGUUCCUCUUUAAAUACUGCAUUGAGCAAAUUCAUCUCCUUUUACAUGAAGAAAAACCAACCAUUGACCAAAUGUUAUUAAUUUUUAAACAAUACUAUAAAAGUUGGAUUUUAGUCCAAAUUUGUAUAUCAUCAGAACAUGUUUUUAAAAUUUUUCUAUUUUCUGAUUUCAUUCAGGAACCAGCUAUAAAUGAGUUUUAACAACUCAGCAUUCCCAAUCAAAUGAACCACUGCUGGAUACAUACAUUGAAAGUGUAUGUUUAAAAUUAAUCCAACAAGCAAACUAGAAGAAUUUCUGAAUAUACCUAUUAGUAUUCUUAAUUUCCAAGUCUCUGGAUUUUAUCAAGCCAUCAGUGAGGGAGGUACCCAUUUAACCAGUGAUUAUCUUUUGAGCUCUUUUCUCUAAGGAUUGGCCUUAAUCAGGGUUUGCAAAGUAAAAUGCCUCUAAGGGCCUGUCAGAUUAAAAAAAAAGGGGGGGGGCAUGACCCACCUAAAGAUAUUUGAGUUUUUUAAAACAGUGUGUUGGCCAAACAAACCAUCUGUGCCAAGCUAUUUGUGACCUCCAGCCAAGACUUCAAGAAGUGUCACAGUUUUUUAAAUGUUCCAAUUGGACUUCAGAACACAAUAUUGAAGGAAUCUAUAGUGAUUUCUCUUUGCACUUCUAUGUAUAGACUUGAUUUUUCCACCUAGGUGGUAUACACUAUAUAUAUUAGGUUAUUUUUAUGUAUUAACAAACACCAUACAGAUGUUUUAUGUUUCUGAAGUACCCUGAAAUAGUAUUAUUAUAAAAUUGCCUUUCUGGUAACGAUUUGCUUAGUUAAUCUAGAAUUUUUAUUCCAGGUCCAAGAAAAAAUUAUGUUUUACUCUGAAGGAAAUGAGGCAGAGAAAAGGAAAUGAUAUAGUUUGAACUAGGUUAUUAUUAAUCUGCAGACAAAAAACAGUAUUAGAAGUUCGUGAUGUGGCAUCUUUUUAGUGAGAAAGCUGCAUAAAGAGAGUGGCUUCUAAUUUGCUUAUGUUUUUAACUAUAGACUUGGAAGGUUUAGAAAAGAGUCUUUCGCUGUGCUGUACACCUGAAACUAAUAUAAUGUUGAAUACAGCUGUAAUUGAAAAAUAAAACAGUACAAGAAAAGAAAAGGUAAUAUUUCAGAAGAUAAUAGUUUUAGUCAGCAUCAGGAAAUUAUUUUCUAUGAAUGGAAUUUGAAUUGGUGUGUGCUGGCUUGUGUCUUUAUCACCAGAUCUUUUAUUUAAAAGUCAUCUCAGAAGAAGCUUCUCAGUGCCUCUUUGCGGGAAGUAGAGGCAGCGAUUUUCUGACAACAAAGUACAUUUUUAAAUUAAAAUGCUCUUCAUUUUUAAGUUAUUAGUUUCAGGUGUACAACAUAGUGAUCAGACAUUUAUAUAACUUACGAAGCAAUCACCCUGAAAAAUGAUUUAUAGUGUGGUUUCUUUUCUUUAUUUGAUGUUAACCUCAUUUACAUUUAAUGGGUCCUUUCUAUGUGCUUUGCCUUUAGGGUGGGUUAACUCAUGACAAUAACCUUAUGAGUAGGCACUGUUACUAUCAGGAUUCCUGUUAUCCAGACAGGGGCCUGAGGCAAUGUGGUUAGGGUGCUUGCCCAUGGUCAUGAGGUUAAUAAUUGAAAUUUGGACCCUGAAGUUUCAAAUCUUGAAAUCUUACCAACUACGAGGGGGUGCAUACCUCUCUGGGAUGCAUUGUAAGAUGUAACAUUUUGAGGAUUGUAGUGAAAUUUAUUUUAAAAAUUCAGAACCACAUUGUACUUUACAAGCUCUUAUUUGGGGAAUGGUUUUCCUUCAGUAUUCUCUUCUCUAUUCAUUUUAAAGCAUUGGUUCUCAACCUUCCUAAUGCCGCGACCCUUUAAUACAGUUCCUCAUGGUGUGGUGACCCCCAAUUUCAUUGUUACAAAUUGAACAUAAUUAAAGCAUAGUGAUUAAUCACAAAACAAUGUGCAAUUAUAUAUGUGUUUUCCAAUGGUCUUAGGCCACCCCUGUGAAAGGGUCAUUCGACCCCCAAAGGCGUCGCGACCCACAGGUUGAGAACCACUGCUCUAUAGAGAUUAACUCCAUAGGAGCAUAAAAUGGAAUUUUUUUUUAAACCUCUCAUUGCUAAUAAGUACUUAUCUACAGUCCAUUUCUAUUGAGAAUACUGGGAAAAUCAAGUGAGAGAAACUGUCAUGGCCAUUGAUUACCCAUGUUUUAGAAGGAGGCUAAUGGUACGUAAGUGAUCUUCCCCCAGGUUUUACCCCAUGCUCAGACUCGCAGAGGUUUCUUUUUGUAAGAUUGGCUUGAUAUUUGAAUAUACAAAUAAAUCUUCUAAUUGGUUUCCACUUUGGAAUGUGUUAGGCUUAGGAAAAGUACUCUUUGGAUUAAUAUAUUAGGAAUACCUAGGAAACACAAGCAUAUACACAUGGUACACAUACAUAUGCCCGCUAUACCUUUAACUUGGCCUUCACUUACCUGAGUUGUGGGAAAGAACUGCAGAGCUUGAUAUUCUAAUUGAACAAGGGUCUCCCUUCUCUCUUACCUUGUGCUCUGCUAGCCCUCCAUUCGCCUACAGUGUACUUACAGGUGUAUUUUCCUCUCUUAUCUACAUGCUAUCCUUUUCUCCAUGUGAUCACACAUUAGUGGAUUUGUUGCUUCCCAGACAAAUACUGCUGUAGUGAGCACCAGGACCAUAGAAGCCUGGAGGCAAAAGUAUUUAAAAUUUUUUUAAGGAAAUUGUCAAAUGGAUCUUAAGCAGAUGAGAAGGACAAAAUGGUGAGCACCAUCCUCUAGCAUCUAUCAAGGGGACUACUUUAUAAAGCUAAAUAUAAAGGGCUGGACGUCUGUGAGCAGAUACGGAAUGAACACUGGAUGUGAAGACAGAGAACACCACAAUUACUGAUGUUUAAAAGGCAAUUCUUUUCUCAGUAAUGAGGUGGUUUGAGUGGGGAACCUAGUUAUUUAGGCCAAUGAUUCUUAAACUUUAAAAAUCCAGACGCAUGAACAGGCCACACCUUCCAAUCAAUUUUGAGUAUGUGCUCAGAUUUGGACAUAUAUUUCAUACACACUCUUCAACAUCCACACCUCCCUCUCUACCCCUGAGGAUCAUUAUGCAUAUAAUUUUUUCCACUUUUAAAAUAUAAAAUCCAAACUAAAUAUGCUUGUCCAAACCAUACAUGUUCCUUCUGGCUUCCCUCAUUCCCCAUUCUGAUGCAUCCUUUUAUUUUCUUUUUAAAUUAAAUUUAUUGGGGAUAACAUUGGCUAAUAACACUAUAAAAGUUUUAGGUAUACAAUUCUAUAAUACAUCAUGUGUAUGUUGAGGCAUCCUUUUAAAAUGUACAUACUUCCCAGCGUGCUCCACCACUCAUCCCUUGAUGAGCAGUGAUUUUAUCAAGGCCUGCUAGCCUUUUUUUAAAAAUUGAUUUUAUUGAAGUGACAUUGGUUAAUAACAUAUAGGUUUCAAGUAUACAAUUCUAUAAUAUGUCAUCUGUAUCUGCUGGCCUUUUAAUGCAACAAAGCUCAUUACAUUUUGUUCAUAAGCUUUGUGUUAGAUAUUGCCUCUGCAGUCAUCUGAAAUCCACAAAUAUAUUUUUUCUUUCUGGACUUCAACACUUAUUGGGCAUUGUCCUAGGCUCUCUGUAACCAAAUGAGGGACAGCAUGGUUCUUCCACUCAAGGAAUUUAUAAUCUAGUCUCCUUGUCAAGCAACAUUUGAACUGUUCCAUGCCACGGGUAACUGGAACCAGUAAAUUUGGGGCAAAAAAUAAUCUAACAUCCUCCAAAACACCCAUUUCUUCAUUUACAGUGGUGGUGGUAGUCGUGAUAGGGUUAAGUACUCCACUAUUCAGAAAAAUACAAGCUACUUUGCAUUGCUGGAGUUCUAUGCUAUCCCUCUUCCAUUCAGCUACGUUGGUCAAAAGAGGAGUCAGGAAGAGUCUGGGGGAAGAAUUCAAUAACUUUCUUUUGUUCAUAGUGUACUCUACUGUCUAAUUCUUUCUCUCUUCUCAGCCUCAGAUCAACCUGUACUCAUGGUGGGUGGGAAGAGUGAAGUAAAGGUAAAUAACACAAGUAGGGGGAUAUAAGGAUGAUGAGUAUUCUUGAAUAUACAAGGAAAGUUUUUCAGAAUUAAUUUAUAUAUUUUAUAAACCAUUUCUGAAAUAAACAACUUUGUUUAAUACCACAAUUAACUACCUUAAGGACAUAGCAACUAGCCCCACAAAGAUGGUUGUUAGCUUCCAGGUUUAGUUGGGUUCCAUUACAUUAUUAUUUUGGUUAUAAAAGUUAUACAUGCCCAUUAUAAAGAAACACACCUGAAAAUAGCUAACAAAGAAAAAUGUAUGUGUAAUUCUGCCAUUUGGAGAUAAUCAAUUUAGCUCUAUUGUGAAAAAUUUUCACUUUUGAAUGUAUGCAUAUGUAAAUAUGUGUGUCUAAACAAAUUGUCCUGCUUUUUUAAACUUAACUUUAUACAGAGAACAUUUUCCUAUGCCAUUAAAAAUUCGUUGAAACUGUUUAUAAUCGUUGCGUAAUAUUCCAUUGUUACUCCCUCACUUCUUGAGGUGGACCAGGGAUGAGGUCAGGAAGUGGGAGGUCAUGGAAAGAAUGAUCAUGGGCUCCUGUACUAUAAAAUGUACUGAAGAAUAACAAUCCGAUGCUUAUUAUUUCUUUUAACUCAAUAAAAUCUCAGCAAACAUAAAACUAUGAAAAUUGAGGGAACUUGGGCUUAUACUCUCAGUGGCGUUGAGUAUCAAGGAGUACCAAACAUACCAAAUGGAGAGCCCCUUCCAAAAGAUCACUGUAAAGUUUAUCAAAACAGCCCAUUAAUUCAAAAUCCAAGGGAGUGGACACACUUGGAUUUCAGUACCUAGCCAGCAGCAAACAUACUAAUAUAGGGUAAUAUUCUACC